AAGAGAAAGACGAGCCAAAGAAGAAAACAAAAAGUGUGCCAAAGAAAAAGAAAGGUUCAGAUACAGAAGAUGACGACGAUGAUGAUGAGGAAGAGACUCCACAAAAGAAGACAAAGAAAAAGACCACAAAGGAAGCUUCUGAAAAAGAUGGCAAAGAUGGCAAAGAGAAGAAAUCCAAAGCUAAAGAUGACAAAGAGUCUGACAAAAAAUCAAAGAAAGACACCAAGAAAAAGGAACCAGCUUCUCUGUUCUCUGUAAAUGGAGAUAAGGAUAAGUCAGACUCCAAGAGCAAGAAGAAAGCAGCCAAAUCAGAUAGUGAAGACAGCGAACCAGAAACCAAGUCCAGCAAGUCAAAAUCAAAGAAGAAGGAGAACGCCAACCCAGCAUCCAUGUUCUCAGCAGGGGGGGACAAGGACAAGGACAAAGACAAGGACAAAGACAAGGACAAGAAGAAGAAGAAGAAAGCCAAAGCAUCAGACAGUGAUGAUUCUGACUCCGAAGCAGAAAAAGGAAAAAAGAAAAAGGGAAAAGGGAAGAAGAAAAAGGAGAGGCCUCCGUCCCCGGACAUUGAGUUUGACAGCCUGGAGGAGUUUGUUCUGCAGCCAGCCCAGCAGGGGGUGACUGUCAAAUGCAAGGUGACCCGGGACCAGAGGGGCUUGGACAAAGGCCUAUACCCCACAUACUAUCUCCACCUGGACAAUGAAAAGAAGGUCUUUCUACUGGCUGGGAGAAAACGAAAGAAAAGCACAACCUCCAAUUACCUUAUCUCCAUAGACCCCACAGACUUGUCUCGGGGUGGAGAAAAUUUCAUUGGAAAGUUGAGGUCCAACUACUUGGGCACGAAGUUCACAGUGUUUGAUAAUGCACUGCACCCAGACAGAGCUCUACCAGACAUGUCCAACGCUCGCCAAGAAUUAGCAGCCAUUAUUUACGAAACAAAUGUCUUGGGAAUGAAGGGUCCCAGAAGGUUGACCGUUAUCAUCCCAGGGAUGGGCAAGGACAGUGAACGAGUACCCAUCCGACCUCGCAGUGACAACGAUGGUUUAUUGAUGAAGUUCCAGAAUAGAAAGUUGGACAAUCUAAUCGAGCUCCACAACAAGACCCCCACGUGGAAUGAGGAGACGGCGUCCCAUGUGCUGAACUUCAACGGCAGGGUCACACAGGCCUCCAUCAAGAACUUUCAGAUCGUCCACAGCAAGGAUUUGGACUAUAUUGUGAUGCAGUUUGGACGAGUAGCAGACGAUGCCUUCACUCUGGACUAUAGCUACCCUAUGUGUGCAGUGCAGGCCUUUGCCAUUGCUCUAUCAAGCUUCGAUGGCAAAAUAACCUGUGAAUAAGAGGGAACCAUUUAGGCUCUGGUGCCUCCUCAAGCUGCUGCAACUCGUUAUUGGCAUACAGAUGCCAACUACCAGAAAGAAGAAUUUUCUUCACCAUUACUCAACAUCAGUGCAAGGUACAUGGAAGGACGGAAGUCCUAGAUGGAAUGGGGGUCCAAGUGCAUUUCAUAUCAUGGACUGCCUCGGGAUUGUUUUCUUUGUUUGUGUCUCAUUGCAAUGAUAAUCAUGAGCUUUUCUGGGAACCAGAUUAUUUUGACCAAUUGGAGAUCCUUGAGUGCAGUGAAGGACGUGAGGGGAUGCUGAUGCACCAUGCAAGUCUGAGCACUGGAGCUUUGGUGCUUUGGCAUUACACCAUUUCAGUUUAGCGGGACGUGGACCAAUUGGGGGAUGAAAGUGACAUCUGAAGAGUGAAAGCCUAUUUUCCACCUACAUCAAUGCUUUUAUAGCAUAGUACAUGUCCAAUAUUCGUUCAUUCUGUUGCGUUUAAUUUGGCAUACAAAUCCAGUAAUGUGUCGGUAAAAAAUCAAUCUAUUGGUAAAAAAAUGUAAAUAUUGGUAACACAAAACUGUGUCUACGUGGACUUAUAUAAAAUUAAUUUAAAAACAUGUCAAAGUAUAUUUAUUUAUGCCUACUUUUUCUUAUUAUUUUUAGGGUUAUAUUUGUUUCCAUGCAUUAUUUGUGGUAUUUCCAGAUUAUGAAAUUGACUUAAUUUGACAAAUUAGAGGUUUCAUUGUGAACAGUUAUGAGACAGAGGUAUAAGGCAAUAUGCUUGUACCAUGUGACUGUGGGCAGUCACAAGUAUUUCUCUAAUCAUUUGCUGUUCUCAUUCCACUCAAAUGACAAUUUUGUUGUUGUUCUGCCUUUUUAAGUUAUAUGUUCUCUCUUCGGCUAGAUUCUGUCUUUGUAUGAAUCAUGUGGACAAGAGCCUUAUAUUGACAUAUAUUGACAAAUAUAAAGCACUGAUGUGGACCAUUGUUGUUUUGAUAAGGAUAGUUAAUAUAUGUUCCAAAGGUAAACAAUGCAUUUCAGUCUCUUGUGAACUUCUCUUGAAUGAAAGUCAAAGUGCAGGCUUGAAGAAAACAUGCUCAAUAAUGAAUUAAUCUGCAAAUAAAGUAUGACAUGUUUAAAAUGAAUUCUUACAGGAUAAAUGUACAGUAAACACCCAACAUUAUGCUGUAUAGUUUACUGUGCAUUUGACACAGUACUAUAUUAGUGUUAACUUGAUAGAUAAUUGUCAACUCAAUGCUCCCUGGGAACCUGCAUUGAUUCGACAUCUUGCUUUUGAAUGACAAUGCUUUAUGACACAAUGUCAGCAGUCAGCAGCAGAACACUGGUUUCAAAUGAAUCAGUUGUUCGUUUUCUAGUUUUCUGAGACAGUCGUACUGUUUUGUAGAUGUUGUUACCUUACAAAAUGUGGGGUAAGAGAAGAAACUUGAUUUUAGGAGGAAAAACCUGUUUGGGCUGACAGCAGAGGAUCCUGAGAGCAAGUGGAAGGUGUGCUCUCUGCCCGAACCUGCUCCGGCAGUUGUCCAAACUCGCAGAGGCAAUGAAGCUAAUCACAGACAAUGUUUUUGGACAAUUAUGUGCACACUUCCUCAGAGUUGACUUCACAGAAAGUUGUCUUCUUGAAGUGUCCAUGUUUAGUUAACAGAGCGAGUUAUGACUAUGACGCUGUUGUUUUACCCACACGUUUUCUUUUGUCGUCUGUAAUUCUCUAGAGGAACGCUACUUAAAAAAAAAAAACAUUUUCAGCAGCAACCAAUCCUAUUAGCAACGUAGGCCGAAUUCCAAUGCCAACAAUCGAAAUCAUUAUUUUUACCAACAGAGGGAGCUAUUCUAUUGUCAGAUGUGAAUAGGUAUACAUGUUCAAAUGAAAGCUUCUAAAACAUUUCAUGAAUUCGAACCUGAAAGGGUUUACAUCAUGGAGUUUGACACUCUUGACAUGCAUAAUGACAUUUUCGACCUAUAUUCGACCUUACUUCAGUGGAAUGUGUAAAUUCCUCGGCAGGAAACAAACAGUAAUAUAAUAAUAAUAAUAAGGAUUGAGUUUAAUGUUUGUUUAGACUAAAUGUUAACAAUUAUAUUAUUAUUGUUGUUGUGGUAUUAUUAAUAUUGUUGUUGUAAUUAUUCUUACUUUAUUAAUUGUAGCCUACAGGUCUCAUAUAACACUUCAUUUUGUAUGCAUUAUCUAUUCCACCGGCUUUGUAGCAAAGUAGUCUAAUAAUAGACAUAGACAUUUUCACAUUGAACAAAACAAG